GUGUAAAAGCCAUUGACUUACGCCCUACUUAAUGCACCUACGUAGGGGCAAUGAAGGUGAUUAGGGAUUCGGCCGAAGAAUAGCGCUUACGUUAGAGGAGUAGGGAUUCUGCGUACUCUUCGGUUCCUGAUAGAAAAAUCUCGCUCUUUUUCUCGCAUUUGUUUUUAUUUUGAUUUUAAUUACAUUUCGAUGACAGUUCUGUUGUAUUGAUUGGGUUUACAGAAAUGCUGUAAAAUUAUGUUGGCAGUAUUGUAUUAUGUAUAUGGGCAAAUCCCAUUGUUAGUUUCUGGCUAAAUGAGUUUUCCUGCUGUGUUUUCUAGCUAAUGUUUGCUAGCCGGUGCAUCAGUUGUAUUGUUUAUUAUUUUUUUACGGCUUUAGCUGGUUCCCUUUGCAUUUCGGCAACCUUUGAACUGUUAACAGACGCAGUGAUGAACUAUUUGUUGCCUGUGCAGAUUUUUUUAAUGCCUUUCCUGUCCUCAGAUUCUACAGUCUAAUGAUGUUUGUAGUCUGAGAGGCUGCAUCGUUGCUGUAGCUUCAUUCACAACUAGUUACUGAUCUGAGCUUGCCAUGGAGUUCCCAGGUCACAGUCAGCAGCUGUUGGCCAGUCUGCGCUCUCAGCGUCUACAGGGAUUCCUGUGUGACUGCACAGUCAGGGUCGGUCCCACUCGUUUUCAGGCUCACCGUGCUGUACUGGCCUCCUGCUCACCUUUCUUCCACAUGUUCUACUCUGAACACCCAGUCGGCAGCACGUCUACGGUAAACGGAGGGCCAGAAGCUGACACCGUCACCAUUAACGGAGACAUCGUGACCCCUUCGGCAUUCGGACUGCUACUAGAUUUCAUGUAUGAGGGAGUGCUACAGUUGGCAGCACACCCACCACCGGAAGACGUUCUCGCCGCCGCCAGUUUCUUGCACAUGAACGAUGUGGUCCGAGUAUGUAAGAAAAGACUACAGGGUCGUGGACUGGCCGAGGCUGACAGCACCAGGGCAGAAGAGUUAGGAAGUGAAACUGGGGGAGAUGGAACAUUAUGUAGCGGAUCAUCUAGAGAUGGAAAGUCAAAUGGCCAAAGGGACACAAUGGGAGGCGGACAAGGAGCAGUAAGGGUUUCCGCAUCAAAUCCAGCCUCUUCUCCAUCAAUAACACAGUGUCCACAGCCAAGCCAGCGGUCAGCGUCUCAUAUCGACACUAAAUCAGAGACAAAUGCAGGAGAACCUAAUUGCAUCACACAUAGCAUAAAUCUGGGAAGUCCAGACAUGGCAGACACUACUCAACCCGGUAUGGACUCUAUUCCCGCUGUAAAUGAUUCUGGACCAAGCUUGUACAGUUCCUCUCCUGUACCUGCUAGAGCUGGAAUGACAGCUGUUAAUUUAGAGUCUACACUUUCAAGUCCUUGCAGCAGCACUGAACCAACUCAUACAGGAACAGAAACUCUGUCCAGUGCGUCCACUGUGAUGGUUCUGGUUCCUGUGGAACACGGCCGAAUUAGAGACUCUAGCCAUGAAAUAUCCUUGUCAAAAGAAAUAAGCAACAUGUUCAACAUUACCGUUAAUCAUCCUGGACAAACCAAAAAACCCUCGUCAAUCCCACCCAGUGGACAGAGUUUAACCGACGACGCGAGACACGCAGCGAGCGCUUUAAAUGAGCAGUCGCGGUCCUGUUCUCCCGCAGCAUUGUCUUCAGCGGGUAGAGAGGACGGUAGUGAAGAGGCAGCGAAAGUGAAAGUGGAGGCCAUUGUAAUCUCAGAUGAAGAGACAGACGAUAUGGAGGAGACUCCUGUUAGGGUCAGAGAGCGAAGGAAAGAUGUUGAUUUAGGGGAAGGGGAGAAUUAUGAGAACACGAAUGAGGUUGAGAUCACCAAUGCCCACUUCAUACCGUCUCACUCAUUAAUGCAAUUAUCGCAUAGUCACCAAGAGCCAAUCUCUUUCCCUUUCUCACCACAGGGUCCUAACACUUCCACUUCUGACCCGCCCAGCUUCCCAUCAUCUCUUUUUACUGCAGCAUCCCAGCAACCAGAGCAGCAGUCCGUCUACUUCGAGGAAUAUCACGACUCUCUUGGGAAUUUUGUUGAGGAUGUGCCUACAUGUGCCACUUGUGGAAAGACAUUUUCUUGUGCUUAUACCCUGAGGAGGCAUGCUAUCGUGCACACACGGGAGCGUCCUUAUGAAUGCCGUUACUGUUAUCGGAGUUACACACAGUCUGGGGACUUGUACAGGCACAUAAGGAAGGCACAUGAUCACGAUUUGCCAAUGAAGCGCACCAGAACAGAAUCUGAUCCUCCCCCAUCUCCACCUCUUCCUCCAGCACCUCAGACAUAACAAGAUACAAGCUCAGGUGUACUGGACUGAGUAACAGAGCUUUUUUUUUUUUUUAAAGGUUAAACCUUUUUUUUUUUUUUGUGUGUGUUUUUCUUUUCAAAUGACUGUUAUGAUUUAACAUUAACAGGCAUCUGCAAAGUCCCGAGCAUUCAAGCAUCAAACGUAACCGCUCACUGGAUAACGUCGUGACCAAAACGUCCCAUUCAGGACACCCUUCACUCUCAUUACACAUCAUAAUCCCAAUUACUGUCUAGUUUUACAGUUUAGAUACAAACAAUAUGAGCUUUUUGUUAAGAUAAAGUCUCUUCUAAAAGUAUUGGAACAGCAAGGCGGGGGGGACUGCAUUUUAGAUUUAAAUUCCUGAUAUUUCCAUUCAGAUGUGGCACCUGUUUUUGUUCGAACCUACCCAUUUUCAAAAUGAUAAAAAAUAUUGGAAUAUGGCGACAGAUGCGUUUUGUGGCCCAAAUGUGUCCUGUGAAGAAAAAUGUUUAAACAAUUAUUAACUCUGGGUUUGAGCCUUGGUUUUAUCAGUUAAGACUGCAUUUUUUAUUAAAAAUAGAGCCAUGUUUUGGAGAAAUUCAAGCCAGGCAUGGUGCAUGUCGGCCAAGGAAAACGACAACAGCAGAUGAUGACGAAACCAUUGUGAGAACAAAUAGUGCAAUCCACAAGAAAGGGCAAAAGUGUCACCAGGCACUGGUUUCAUCGAAGCCUCCGAGAGCAGAAAUAUAGAAACCUCGUUAAACGUUUCCAAUCUGGCAUUUUAAACUGUACCAUCAUCUCAUUGCAAAAGCAGGAAAAUAUGCCUUGUCAUUCCAAUACUUUUGGAGGUGACGGUAGCAUUAACAGUAGCCUCGAUGAGCAUGGUAACUCAUUGAAACACAAAUUAAUUUCAAAUAAAAAUAACAAACAGAGCUGCGAGGGAAGCCACAGAGACUCUAACCUCUGCUUUCAAGACUAAAUAAAUUCCCUGUGUCGAGGAACAAUAUUUGUGGCACAGAAUCUCAUUUUAAGAGGCACCAAAUUCAUUUAUCCAGGCAGCCUGCUCUACUGCGGUUGUUGAUUAUCACUAUAUAUCAUUUACUUUUGUCAUUAUCAGUAAUAACCUUAUCCUGGUUAUGGAAGUGUGGAUCCUGAGCCUAUGCCAGGAAAGAGGUGGGACCACACCAUGGAUAGGACACCAGGUUAUUGCAGAGCUCAGCAUAUAUCAAAUAAAUGAAAAGCUUGUGCCAAGUGCUCAUGUCUAAUGCAGAACACACACCAAUUCACUCGUCUCAUCUCUUCAGUCAACACCUUUUUUUUGCACACAGUUGUUUCGUACGAGAUUAUAACACUAAAAGGUACAGUAUGGAAUCUAAAUGCUUUUGUUCCUUCCGGUUUUCUUUCUUUCUUGUGAAAGCAUGAUGAACCAUUUAAAUAUUCUUAACUUUGAAUAGUAAUUUUGGCACCCAAGUUGUGGUAAAUAUACAUACUGUUUCUGUAACAAACCGGUACCAUGAGGAGGAGAGGAGAGAUCGCCAAAGAGAUAAGCAAGAGUGUAGAAUACACAUGGUACCAAACAGUUCUACAUAUUUAAUCAGCAUUAAUAAUCAGGGUAAACGCAGGUCACAUGAUCAUUUCAAAAUACAAAUAACACCAAACUGAAAAUGUUAUCAUACGUGUAAUGAUACCUUGAAUCCAGUAUGUACCGUACCACAUGAUACAGCCGUGAAUAUCGCACAAUUCCCCCUAUGCUCUAUUCGUAUUUCUAUUUUCUAGUCAUUUUGCUCAACAUAUCCACAGUUGUACAUUUUAUCUCCCUCAACACCCCCCCCAGAAGAAUACUUCAUGUGAUUCAGCAUUUUUAACUGCAAAGUAUUCUGUACCAAUAUUCGCUUCAUGGAUGGUGAGCAUGAGCUGCUCCAUGUUGCUACUACAGGUUCUAUGUUGAGUAUGUUAUUUGGUAUACUGUCUCUACAAACAAAAUCCCCAACAGCAUGUUUCACGUACAUUUUUUUUUAAAUAAAAAAAUGCUGUAAAGUUUUUAAUAAGUUUCAUACAGUAGUCUGUUCUGAAAAGUGUCGUAGUUUUAUAGUUAUUCAGAUCCUAAAUCAGGAUCUCGUUUUAAUUUUGUCUACUCCAGUAGAUUAACACAAAAUUAAUUCAUCUGCUCCACAAUGUAAAAAGUUGUUUCAUCACAAUAUGUAAAACAGCUCAAUAUUGUGAAUAAAACCUUUUAAUAAUU